AUGGCCGUCCACUCCUUUGCGCGCACCCUGCUGCUUGCAGGCGCCGCGUUUCCUUUCACUCAAGGUCUUGCCCAGACCAUUAAGACUUCCGAUGGCGAGGUAGUCCCCGCCGACAAGACGACGGUCGCUCCCGCGGCUGAUGCCGUAGUGUCGACCAACGACGACACGGCCCCCGCGGUGGUUCUUCAGCUGACGGACGCCGUGAUCGCCAACCUCACAGCGCACGAGUUGAGCGAUAUCGACCUUUUCAAGUUUGACGACACCGAUUACGAGGAUGGAUCGUCCGAGGUCGCUAAGCGUACCACGGCGGCGGUCGGGUCUUGCAAGACGUAUCCGGGUGACUGGAACUGGCCGUCCCGUUUGACUUGGGGGUUGUUUGACUUGCUCACGGGCGGGGCUUUGAUCGAGACGGUGCCGAUUGGCGCGGUCUGCUACCCCGACAACGGCGUGUACGACGCUGCCAAGUGCGCCGACAUCAUUGCUCACUGGACUGAGUCUGCUACUCACGAGCGUGACCCAACAUCGGUCAUGUCUCCCCUCUACCAGGGCGAGACCUGCAUGCCGCAGAACGGCAACUCGACCAAGUGCACACUCGGUGGCUUCCCCUCGUACGCCGUGAAGAUCACCAGCGUCUACCAGGUCCAGCUGGCCAUCAACUUUGCGCGCACCACCGGUCUCCGCCUGGUCGUCAAGAACACCGGCCACGAUUUCCUCGGCAAGUCGUGCGGGUCCGGCUCGCUUUCCAUCUGGACUCACAACCUCAAGUCGAUCAAGUUCCGCAAGUCUGUUCGCACUCCGUCGUACUCUGGCCCCGCCUUUGAGAUCGGUGCUGGGGUGACCGUCGGUGAACUGUAUGAGGCCGCCAACAAGAACAACGUCACGGCCGUCGGUGGCGAGUGCAAGGGUGUCGGUGUUGCUGGUGGGUACGUCGCCGGUGGCGGUCACUCCCCCGUCUCGGGCCUGUACGGUCUCGGGUCGGACCAAGUGCUCAGCUUGGAUGUCGUGCUACCCAACGGCCGCUUUGUCACGGCUAGCGAGACCCAGAACACCGAGCUGUUCUGGGCUCUCCGUGGUGGCGGUGGUGCUACGUUCGGCGUUGUCGUGUCCAUGACCAUCAAGGCGCACCCGCGCAACAUCUUUUCGGGCGCCACGUGGACGAUCACGUCGGGCAACGGCACCAAGAACUCGGAUGAGGUGUUCUGGAAGGCCAUGUUCGCGUACUGGGCCAAGUUCGCCGAGUACGCCGAGGACCCGGUGUACGGCUACUCGUCCAUCUUCUCGCUUGGCCCUGGUGCCGGCUACAUGUGGACCAUGAACCCGUGGAUGGUGCCCGGUAUGUCGCUCGUUGACUUCAAGGCCAAGGUGAAGCCGCUGUUUGACGAGUGGACUGCCCUUGGCUUCGACUUCACCCCGGAGUACUUUGAGCACGACAACUUCUACGACGCCUGGACACACCACUUCCCAACCGAGGCCGUGGCCAACUCGAACCUCCGCACCGCCUCGCGUCUCUUCCCUCGCGCGAUCUGGGACGACCCGGCUAAGCGCGACGCGCUGUUCAACGAAGUGCGCGCCGUCGUCAGCGAAGGCUCUGCGCUGAUCCAGUACAACAUGAACCCGGCGAAGCCCGCGGAGGUGCCGGCGAGCGGAGCCAAUUCGCACUGGCGCGACGCCAUUUGGUACGGUAUCAUGGGCGCUGGUUGGGCUCCCGGCCUCGAGGGUGCGGAGCUCGAGGCAGUGCAGCGCAAGAUCACGGACAACUGGAUGGGCCGGCUGCGGCCCUAUGGCCCGGGUGGGUAUCUCAACGAAGGCGAUGUUAUGGAGCCCGACUUUGGCGAUGCCUUCUUCGGCACCAACUACGACCGUCUGCUGAGCAUCAAGCGCAAGGUUGAUCCGCAUGACUUGUUCUGGGCCCCUACGGCGGUCGGUUCCGACCGGUGGAAGAUCGACGGCCAGCCCGACUGGUUGACGUUGCAGAUUGGAAAGCUGUGCAAGGUGUCCAACUAA